AUGACCGAUUAUGUUCAAACAAUCAAUCGCCUGUGGAUCUGUACGCAAGAUGGUCUGGAGGAGGAAGAGAUAAUCUGGAGUUAUCUUGUCAUUUGCAAUGGAGAUAGAACUGUCAUAGACAUCUCACUGGCUGCUAUGGGCCUUGAGGGGCACAUAUCACCCUCACUUGGCAAUCUCAACGGCCUGUUGAAGCUCAACCUAUCUGGCAACUUGCUCUCCGGUGGACUCCCAUCGAAAUUGUUGCUCUCCAGCAGCAUUACUGUCCUCGAUGUCAGCUUCAACAAGCUCAGUGGAGAAUUCCAUGAGCUGCAAUCCACGCCUAACAGCACGAUGAAGGUAAUGAACAUCUCGAGUAACUUCCUCACAGGAUAUUUUCCAUCCACCACAUUGGAGGGCAUGAAGAAUCUGGCUGCUCUCAAUAUGAGCAAUAAUAGCUUUGCUGGGGAAAUUCCGAGCACAAUUUGUGUUGACAAACCAUUCUUUGUUGUCCUUGACCUUAGCUACAACCAGUUCAUUGGUAGAAUACCCUCAGAGCUUGGUAAUUGCUCUGGUUUGAAAGUGCUUAAGGCUGGCCAGAACCAACUCAAUGGGACCCUUCCAUCUGAGAUCUUCAACGUUACCUCACUAGAGCACCUCUCUUUCCCUAACAACCAUUUGCAAGGAACACUUGAUCCUGAGUGUAUAGGAAAACUCAGAAAUUUGGUCAUCCUUGAUCUUGGGUGGAAUGGACUAAAUGGCAAGAUCCCGAAUUCUAUUGGGCAGCUCAAGAGGCUGGAGGAGCUUCACUUAGACAAUAACAACAUGUCUGGAGAGCUGCCACCAGCCCUUAGCAGUUGCUCAAAUCUCACAACCAUCAUCCUUAAAGACAACAACUUCCAAGGAGUCUAA